AUGUUCGUCGCCAACGGAGUUGGCUCCAUGGUUGGAACCGUGAUCACCGGCAAGAUUCUUGAUCCGAAUUAUCGCCGCAUGAAACCAAAAGUUGAGGAUUCAUCAGAAAAUAUUAUAUGCCAGGAAGACUUCCCGAUUGAAAGGGCUCGUCAUCGACUGGUACCGUUCUUCUCGGGCCUACAGUGUCUUUGCACUCUUCUAUGCGGUUGGACUUUUAUACCCCCACCGCGUCCAUAUCGCUUUUCCCAUCAUUUCGACUUUAUCACGGGAUAG